GCGUCGCGCGGGUCGGUCACUACUCACUCGGCACCGUCUAACCGUCUCGCCCGGUCGCAUGCACACACGCUCAGAACAGCCGCCUACACGCACUGUACACGCGCGCGCGCGCAGAAGCAACGCACUACUCGUUACGCACGCCGACGUAUAGAGUCGAAAAUAUUAAUAACUCGACGGCACGACCGAACGCCGUCGAUCAGACUGAACUCAGUCGUUUCAGUAUACCGCCGCCGCCGUCCGCCGCAUCCCGGAGGAGCGCGUGUCGACUGCACGCGGCAAUUUCAAAUGUUCCGUAAUUUUUUCCACGGUCUCCCCCGUCACAGUUAACGCGAAACUGUGCCCCCAACGGUUAUUUAUAGUCCAUAUUUUUGUAAUUCCGAAUUCGGAUGUACUAUUAUUUUUAUUACUAUUGUAUUUGUAAUAAUCACUUUUUUACCGUCGAGACUAUAUUACUAUAAAAUAACUUAUUAUUUUUUUUUUUUAACGCUACUCCAAAAGCACAUUAUUAUAUAACACAAUAUUGUAUAAUUUACUAUACAUACCUACCUACUCUCACACGCGAUGAGUUUCCUAAAGUAUACAUUUGCUUUGGUUUCGGUAGUUUUGGCCACCGGCACGGUUCGAGCAUGGGAUUUAGGCAUCGUAACUCCGGCUCAGAUUCAGUUCCUUACAAAAAAUGUCGUGGAGAAUACGGCGGCCGAUAAGUUAAAAGGCAUGGGUGCCAUUGCGUACGAUCCUAUUAAAAAAGACGUAUACGUCAGCGACGCCAAUCAGAAAGUCGGAAGUAUAUUCCGGUUAAAGACUACCGGUGAUGCGGCCUACACCAUCAUCGAACCCAUCGUUGCCAAACAAAACGUUUCCGUACUGGGCAUGGUGUUCGACGACCGUACUUCCACGUUGUACUGGACCACCGGCAACGGGCUGACCAUUAAUUACGUUCGCGUACCAGAAAAUACGACUAAGGUUCCUCUCACAGGACACGUUCUGUUCAGGUUAAAGGAUGCAAUACCCCAGGGUAUCGCCAUUGACACGUGUCGAGGGUAUUUGUACUGGACGAACUGUAACCAUCUAAACGCGACCAUCGAACGGUCGCGCCUGAACGGCUCGGACCGUCAAAUCGUGGUGCACGAGAGCCUAUUCCAGCCGCUGGGCAUCGCGGUCGACGUGGAACGUAACUUGAUCUACUGGAGCGACGAGCACGAGGGUCUGUACUACAGCAUCGAAAGCAGCAACCCGGACGGCAGUUCCCGGAGAACGCUCAUCCACGGCACUCACCACCAGCCGUUCUCCAUAGCCGUGGACGACCGGGACAUCUACUGGAGCGACUGGAUCAACAACGCCGUGUGGACCAUGCCCAAGGACUCGUUCCAGGGUGGCGUGCAGCCGUCUCUGGUCGCCAAGUACGAGAUGAUCAACACGCCCAUGGGACUGAUAACGCCCACCGGCAACACUACCAUGGUCAACAGCACGUAUUGCGCGAUGCACAGGUCAAAAGACAUCGAGGUGGCGACGACGAAGGAACCUACCCCGGAACUGAUCCCGUACGAGGUGUUGAGGAACAUUUGCAAGAACAAGGGCGUGUUGCACGCCAACGGGACGUGCACGUGCGCCCCUGGAUUCGAGGGCGAAUACUGCCAGACGGGCGUGUGCGACGGUUACUGCGCGUACGGGACGUGCACGCUGUCGGACUCGGGACAGCCGACGUGCCAGUGCUCGGAGACCAGCUACGGUGACCGGUGCGACAAGCAGCUGUGCGCCGGCCGGUGCCAGAACGGCGGCGAUUGCACGAUGGACGGCGCCGGCAAUCCCCGGUGCGAGUGCCCGGUCGGGUACGCAGGUGACGCGUGCGAGUACAAGGCGUCCUGGCUGAACGAGGUGUGCACGGUGUACUGUCAGCACGCCAUGUCCAAACAGCAACAGUCGUCCGUCUGCAGGUGCGACGAAUACAGCCGGCAGUUCGAUUAUUCGGAAAUGGCCAUGCUCAACCAUUCGGACAUGUCGCCGUGCAAGCUCAGCAAGAGCAUGAUGGCCGUGAUCGCCAUACUCACGGUGUUCGUCGCCAGCCUUGGCACCAUAACCAUAGUGCUGUCGAGAAAAGUGCGGUUGCUGGGCCGCCGUCCCAGGAUCAAGAAGCGCAUCGUCGUGAACAAGAGUAUCACGCCGUUGACGUGCCGGCCGCCGCAACAGGAGAAUCAACAGUGCGAAAUAACCAUCGAAAACUGUUGCAACAUGAACAUUUGCGAAACGCCAUGUUUUGAACCGGAUUUCCGAUCGCCUAAGAUGGGAGGUCUAAUGUCGCUGGGCAAGUCGAAAAAAGAAGACAAAGCGAACUUGCUGAGCAACACGGACAUGUCGAGUGAAGACGAAAAACCGUUAUAUUGAUGUAGUCUGGUAUAAAAUUGAAAUGUAAUUUAUUCGUUUUUACCAAUGUUUUACUUAAGGGGCUGUAUAUGUGUAACACGCUGUGCGUUGUUGUUGUCGUCGUUGUUAUUGUAGUUGGACAAAUUUGUGAUAUUCUAUAUUGUUCCAAGCCAUUCGGUUUCCAUUAUUUUUACGAUUUAAACCGCCGAGGAGAGCAUUAUUUUAGAGCAUUACUAUUAUUUUUUUGUUUUAGAAAAAUACUUACACGAAAAGCUCGAUUUAAAUACCGAAUAUUUUCUAUUGAAACGUAUCGUGUUUGCGAAAACUAUGUACUUACUGCAAAACGGUUUAUGUAGUUCCUCCCGUACGACACGUUUGACUUUGAAUGUAUGUGCCGCUUUUUAUUUUAUCCAAACGUGCAGCCCCCUCAAAUCCACACAAUUAUAUUAUUAUUUUAUUUUAUUUUAAUAUUAUUUUUUUUUUUUUUUUAAUAAGCUGUUUUAAA